GUGCGAUCGCCGCGCGAAGGGACGUCGGACGAUGACCGCAGCCAAGGCAGCACUGAUUGGGCCGCACAACAUGGGAAGCAAUCCAUCCAUGGGAUGGAUGCAUGCUCGCCCCUUCAGAAGGCUUCUAGAAGCCCUGCCCUGCGGUACUGGAUGGUCAGGGCGCCCCACUCUCGGCGCACCUCCGUGUUCUUCAUUUCCUCCGCCCGAAAACCACCCAGGGAUGUGUGCCACCACGCGCGCCCGCCAGGGAUGGCCAGGGAUGGCCAGCAAGUUCAGCACCAGAGGAUGCGCCAGAGGCUUUCUCACCGUCGCCAAAUUUUCCUGUCCAGGACCUCCCCGUCGCGCUAACCCGCGCAGAUGGCAUGACAGGGCAAAUCUGGAUGAUCAGUCUUUUCCCCUGUCAGUUUGCGGAGCCCGCCCACUCCGUUUUUUCUUCUUUUUUCCUGGUUGCCGCCUUGGCCACCUGGUGACCUGGACCGUGGCCGACUACCGCUGGUUUAGUUAUCGUGAGCGGUCUGCUUGGAUAGCUUGGCUGCUUGGGUGGGAAUGGCGAGGCAAUAGGCGGGAACUAGGGGACUGGGCGUUGAAGAGAGCUGCAGGUUAUGGAACAUUGAUCAGUGAGUUUCGCCCAACAAGGAAGUGGAAGAGCCCCCCAGGAAAAAACGCUGGAUCCAGCUUGGCCAUGCCAAUGGGUAAGGUUGUUCCGUUUUGCUCCCUGUCCAGGGUCUGGCAGAAUCACCCGUGCUGGGUCGCUCUUACCUAGGAUAUUAUUCCCGUACCUCCCCGGCACCUUCCCAACCCCUGUCCGCCCUGCCCCUCCCCCGGGCGUCCUGCUCCCUUCGCCGAACCUUCUAAAAGACAGGCUGCUGC